GACUAAUAACAGCACUGAUUCUCUGGUCUCUUCCUCUCGAUCCAUAUAUUGUUAUUAACCUCUCUUCUUUCCCCCCAGAUUUUUUCUCCAGUUUAGUGGACCAUAUUGAUCCGAAUGAGCACUGUGGCUCUAUAAAUACACGCCCCGAAAUUACUGACCUCCCAUAAGCUAGCAGCCUAGCACAAUAGAACUCACAUGCCAGUACAUUUUUAGCCUGCUGUGUGGAACACUGAAGUGCAAGCUACCCAUGCAACUUGCAGGUUUUGAGAACUUGUGAGUUGCACGCCCACGCUGGUCAUGGCCAAGGCACAGGUCGUCGCCCGGAUCACUGUCGAGGUCGCGCCGUCCAUCAUCAGGCGCCGCCGGCGCGGGCUCCCGUUGACGGUGCUGGACACGAUAGCGGAGGAGGAGAAGGAGGCGGCCGUGGUCGCGGCCAUGGCGCCUCACCACCGCAACAAUGUGACAGCCGGCCGCUACGGCGCCGGGGACACCGCUGGCUCCUCGGCGCACGCCGGUGCCGAGAAGGGGAAGCGGUGCGUCGGCGGGAGCAACGGUCCUUCAGAGCACGGGGAGGAGCGGCUCGCGACGGGCAAAGCGCGGUGCUCAAAGAUCGCCGCGUGAUUGAUUCCCGUCGGCGGGGAACUGGACUUAAUUAGUCUUGUUACUAGCUUGGUACAGUGUAUGAUGGUGCUGUUCUCCUACGUUGUGGGCUCAGGCUUAGGAAUGGGCGAACUGCUUCCUAAUCAUCUAGCGUCGGGUUCUCUUUCUAUUUCCUGUAUGCGUAGAAGUACGGCAGUCUGGACAUGUAACUCUCUCUGCUCAUGUCUGAUACAGUUUACAGUUAAUACAAUGGAUUGCAGUUUCAGUCUGCCUCCUGCCUC